GCGCUGCGUACGCGUCCGAAAGGGGUGUGAAGAUGGCGGACGAAGAGGUAGAACAGGACAACCGGAGUAUCGGUAGAAGUAGUGUUGCUGCGGAGCUCAUGUUACUGCGCCAGCGGUUACAGGAGUUGGACCGCAAGCUUCGGGAAAGUGGGAAGAGUGUGCAGUCCGCUGCAGAGUAUUGUCAGCAAUUUUGCCAGGCACUUGUGGAAUAUGCAGGAAAAUGGAAGAUUUCUGAAGAUCCUUUGCCUCUACUGGAAAUUUACACAUUAGCUAUCCGGAGCUAUUGUCAGGCCCAUCCAUACCUUAGCUCAGAGUGUGAAAAUGUACCAUUGGUGCUUCAGCGAUUAGUUCUGAGCUGCAUUGAACUUGUGCUCUGCUUACCUGAGGAAUUUCCUGACAGAUUGUGGGAGGAGUUUCGGACCACUGUGCAAUCAGCACACGCAGCUCUGCUGGAAAAUGGCAGUUCUGAACUGCAGCUAUUGGAAGUCGUUUCCCACCAAAAGGGAAUAUGGACGAAUGCUGUGCUGCAGAGUAUUCUCCGUAAGGAAUCACUGGAUCCAGAGAAAGUGGAUUCCUUUCUGUCUCUGGAAGGCCCACUCCUUUUGGACAUGAGAAUAAAGCACUUGCUGAAAGAAGGCCGCAUAGAUGAAGCAACAGCUUUAGCUAAACUGUGCUCAGAUCAUCCAGAGUUUGGUGCAAAAAUUAGUUUCAAGCAGACCUACCUUGUCUGCCUUUGUUCAUCGUCUUCAAAUGAAAAAUUGUUGGAGGAGAUCUCUGAAAUUGAUUGCAAAGAUGCACUAGAAAUGAUCUGUAAUCUGGAGUCAGAAGGAGAUGAAAAAAAUGCUUUAGUCCUGUGCACAGCAUUUUUAACACGGCAGCUGCGACAGGGAGAAAUGUACUGCGCUUGGGAGCUUACUCUGUUUUGGAGCAAAUUGCAGCGUCGAGUAGAGUCUUCUGUGCAGGUGUAUUUGGAUAGAUGCCGUCAACUGUCGAUGAUUGCAGAAACAGUCUACCAUAUCUUUUUCCUAAUAAAGGUUAUUCAGUCAGAGGUCGAAAGUAUUGGGCUUCCAACAUGUAUUGAGAUGUGUGUGAGAGCACUGCGAAUGGAGUCCAGUGAAAAUACAACUGUUAAAACUUCAAUCUGCAAGACAAUCUCUUGUUUACUACCCGAUGAUCUGGAAGUGAAGCGAGCUUGCCAGCUAACUGAAUUUCUUUUAGAACCUACAGUCGAUGCCUUUUAUGCAGUUGAGACUUUGUACAACCAACCAGAUCAGAAGUUUGAUGAAGAAAAUCUUCCAGUACCAAAUUCUCUACGUUGUGAAAUUAUCCUUGUAUUAAAAACUCAGUGGCCUUUUGACCCUGAGUUUUGGGACUGGAAGACACUGAAACGCCACUGCCUGGCAUUAAUGGGAGAGGAAGCAUCCAUUGUGUCUUCCAUCGAUGAACUUAAUGACAGUGAAGUGUUUGAUAUGCCUGAAGAAGAGCACAAAAGCACUGAAGUUGAACCUGUUGGACUGUUUCCUACUUACAAUCAAGAAAGUGUUGUAAGACCAGUGAACAGCAUUAGACCAGUGAACACUGAAAAGAAAAAACGAAGAACAACAGCUAAACAGAUGAGAGAGAAAGGAUUUGUGUCUGCUAGGUUUAGAAACUGGCAAGCAUAUAUGCAGUACUGUGUCUUGUGUGACAAAGAAUUUCUCGGUCACAGAAUAGUUAGACAUUCUCAAAAACAUUUUUGUAAUGGAGUUUAUACUUGCCCAAUAUGCACAGAAACCUUCAGCUCUAAAGAGCAGAUUAUUCCUCACGUGGCAUUGCAUGUAAAGCAGUCCAGUAAACAAAGACUUGCUAACAUGAGGCCAGUAAGAAGAGCUAAACCAGGAAGGCCUCCCAAAGUACCAGGUAGCACCACAACCCAGAAAGCAAAACCUGUCAGAAGGCAGCAACAUCAGCUUGUAAAGAAUAACUUGAAAGUAAAGGAAUUAUUUUUGUUCAGUGAUGUUAGGCCACAAAAAUUUGACAAUAGAAGUAAGGGUACUCAACCAAGGUUAGGUAGAAGAUCAAAAGACCGAAGCAUUGAUGAAUUUAGAUGUCCAGUAACAAACUGCAAAAAGAGCUUCAGGUACUUCAAAAACUUGAUUGCACAUUGCAAACGCCACAAUGAAGAAGAAGCAAAAGUUUUUCUUGAACUGCAGAGUAAUAAGGUUAUUUGCCAGUACUGCAGGAGACAUUUUGUAAGUAUUGCUCAUCUCAAUGACCAUCUGCAGAUGCACUGUGGCAGCAAGCCUUAUAUUUGUAUUCAGCUAAAAUGUAAAGCAAGCUUUAAUAGCUACUCUGAACUGCUGACUCAUCGAAAAGAGCAUACUGCAUUUAGAGCCAAGUGUAUGUUUCCAUCAUGUGGCAGAAUUUUUUCUGAGUCUUAUUUGCUUUAUGAUCAUGAAGCACACCACUAUGACACAUACACUUGUAAGUUUCCAAACUGUGGGAAGGUGUAUCAUUCCCAUAAUGAGCUGCUCAAGCAUUCUGAGGAACAUAGUCUACAUCAGGUGUCCAGCCCUUUGUGUCAUAGUACCUUGCCUGCUGAAAUAAUCCAGCCUCCAUCAAGAAAUGAUGAUGCACAGGAAAUCAAGAUUAAAAUGGAGGUUAAUGAGGACAUUGCAGUUAGUCAGAGUAACACCACCAGUGGAAUAGUUGCACCAGGACAGGUAAUGCCAGCCAAGUUUGUAGCAACACUUGGCACAUCAGUUCAAGUAUCUCAUGUUGCCGAUUUGAUAAAAAGUGAGAUUCAAGCUACAGCUGCAGGGAAACAACCAGCAAAUGCCACUACAGUAGAGGACACUCUCCAGUUUGUUUCAUCUGACAAGACCACAGCAGAAAGUGCUGGAUCUUCCUUUGGAGUUAGCAUUUUAAACAGCAGCAUAUUGUCUGCAAAAUCCAGGGUUCCUACUUGUCUGUCACCUUCAGAAGCAGAGUCUGGCAGCACACAACCUCAGAUAAACCAGCUGUGCACAUCUGUUGCAGAUGUCUUUAGUGGUGAUGGUAUUCCAGCUUUAUCUAAAAGGCUGUCUUCUGGAAGUAUUGAGCCCUCUGAAGCAGAUAAAAAACUGAAUGACUUAAUACCUUUUAACAUGCCAAAAGAAACUUUAUUUAAGGCAGUCAGUUCAGGACUUCCAGUUAAGAACAAGAUGGAAGUUCCUAGUGUUUGUGCUUUACCAUUAAAAAUGAUAGACAAUUUUAAUGUGGCUGUACCACAGUCAAAAAGUAGUCCUUCAGUAGUGCCUGGUGAGUCAGAAGUCAAACCAGUGCGUGCUUACCCCUGUAAGGUUGAUGGCUGCCCUCGAAGUUACAGCUCAACGCGAAGUCUAACUAAGCAUAUGAAAUCUACACACCCUGAGCAGUAUGCAGAAAUCAAGCUGGCACAGAGGAACAGAAGACGACGACCAAAGGCAAAUAAUGUUUCAGAUAUUUCCACUGACCAAAAGUUGGUUACUUUCCUGCAGCCUCAAACGGGAGUUCUUAACAAGACCAUUUCAAAGAGAAGACCUAGAACUCGCACAAAACGCUGCUCCUCCACUCCUUUAGACACUGUAAAUCCACUGACUCCAGCUCAGCUGGGUGUAGCAUCCACCUCCUUACGUUCUCAGAUGAAGAUUAAUCAGAGUGAUCCAAAGUCUGCAUCUCUUCUGGUAGAUCUGCAGAAGCACUUAAAUGUAGAUAGUGCUUCAGGUCAUGUUUCAUCUGAAAGUAGCAGCAGCACAAAUUCCAUCCGUACUAAGCAGCUUCAUUCCAGGUUUAGAAAUUCAGCAGUUAAAUACAUAAAGGAAGAGUCCAGUUUGGAUUCUUUGAUUUCUUCAAAAUUGGAUGGUGUUAGUAAUGAAGAUGCAAGUUCACAACAUUCUAGUAAAUUAAAGAGAGAACAAAAGAAUGGCCCAACUUUACGACCAAAGAAACCAAGACAAAGUAGGCGAUCAAAAUGCCCUGCUAUAAUUAAAGAUGGAAAAUUUAUAUGCAGUAGAUGUUUUAGAGCGUUUACUAAUCCCAGGUCACUUGGUGGCCAUCUGUCUAGAGGUUCUGUUUGUAAACCUUUUGAACCUGAUGAAACUCCUCCAGAAGUCAUUGAGAGUAAUGGUCAUUCCUCUGUUUUGGCAAGUGUGAUGCUUUCCUCUAGUGCAGUCAGUGUACAACAGCCACAGGAGUCUGCUUUCAGUCGAAGUACUAAUUGUAGAGAGUCCCGCCUUCAAUCCUUAACAAGUAAAAGGCAGCAAGCCUCAUCUUUGCAUAAUGGUUUUUAUAAGCAAAAUUCAUCUAACUUUAAUGCAAGUAGAAAUGAGGCUGGCAGUGGUAGUAACCAGACCCUGGAGUCGUCAAGGGUUCCAGCUGCAUUUGAAAGUACUGGGGUACCUCAGGAGAUGCUUUCUUCAGGAAAUUCAGCUGCAUCUCAGGUUGAUGCAUCAAGACCAUCAAAUUCAGCAUCAUCACAGAUGAGUGGUGCAGCUGUACUGCCUUCUAAAGAUUUACUGUUGAGUACUCUAGAAAAUGGUUUGCUGACUAGCUCAUUUUCUGAAACUACACUUCCACAGAACGUAGAUUCAAAAAGUGCUCGGAUUUCUGUUAUAAGUGGCCCGCAGAGUACAGAUGUAGCACAGUUAAGUGUGAAAAGAGAGAGUAGUUCUCCAUCACCUGGAAGUUCAGGCACAGAGUCUUCUUAUUUUGGAAAUUCCUCUAAGAAUAUAGCUUCAAAGAAAUUGAUGACAAUGGCAGUUCGUGCUAAAAGCUUAAAAGAAAGUAAGCAGUUGAUUGGAGCUGGUCAUCACAUGGGCUUGCUUACAGAAACUGACCCUCCUUUUCUUGUGGCAAAUCAGACGUCUGAGUCCAGUGAAACUGCAACUGAUGUCAAACACUACAAUAGUCCCGAUCCAGUUUCUCCAGAUCUGCUGGUUGGCUUAAAAGAAAAUGCAAAUCUGCAAGCAGUAGAUAAACUUUUACAGCAUGAAUUAAAAGAUGGUACAGACCUGCAGAUGGCUGCAGGUACUGUUACUCGGGACUUCCAAAAAAAUGUAGAAGCCUCAGCAGUUGUGGCUAAUGUAGCAUCAACAGUGUCAAAUCUUACAGAAAGCUUCCAGGUGCAGGGUGGUGCAGAAGGGGCAGUAAUUGAUGUGGCAAAGAAUUUAAAGGGUAACUGUGAUCCUUUAUUAACAAGUACUUUGCAUGUGGAGUCUGCCCUUGACAUAAAAAUGCCUGUAAUUAAUGAGCUCAAUCAUGAGAUCAGUUCAGCGGAUUUUUGCUCAUCUGACUUUUCAGAAACUGUAGAUGGUCAAAUAGCAGAUAUUCUGGAGGCCCUAGAGAGGCUGAAUUUGGAGAAGGAAGAUCAGCUUACUCAGCAGCUUACACCCAACCAGUUGCCUGAGAAAGCAACAGGUAGCUUAGCAGUCAGUGAGAUAUCAGAAGGAAGCCUCUCUCAGACUGUAGUAACCAAGCAGCCUCCUGUAGUAAAUGACUGCAGUCCACCUGCUCAUAAACCUUUUGCGUGUAAAGAAAAAGGCUGUGACUAUGGAGCAAUGACCAAAGAUGCAUUGUUUAAACAUUAUGGUAGAGUGCAUCACUACAGUCCAGAAAUGAUGAUGGAGGUUAGGAAGAGACAAUUGAAGUUUGCUCCAUUUAAAUGUGUAGUACCCAACUGUACAAAAACAUUUACAAGAAAUUCCAACCUCAAAGCACAUUGUCUAUCAGUGCAUCAUUUUUCUCAAGAAGAAAUGGCCAAGUUAAGAGUUAAACGUCCUUAUAGUAGGAAGUCUACUAGUGAAGGUAAAGAGUCCAGUACAGCAGAAGCACAGCCAAUAAAGGUGCAGGCAUCAACAGUAAGUACAACAGCUUUGCAGCCUGCAGUGGCACAGUUGACAGUAACUCAGCAGGCUACAUUACAGUCUGCCUUAUCACCGCCCUCAGUGGGGCUGCCAUCUGCAACACAGCCUGUGCCGGCACAAAAGAUUGGCAGAGUUAAAGCGAGAAGAAGGAAAGUAAAGCCAGAGUUUGCACUGGGUAACCUGUUACAGAAAGGAUUGUUCACUGGGCAAGUUGGCAGAAAACCCAGAAGGGAGAAAACUGCCAAACUGAAACAAUCUGGACUACCAAGUCAGAAUGGUACAGGUGAACUGUCCAGUCUGAAACCAAGAAGAAGAAACAGAAAGCCUGAUGGAAGGAGACUAAAGAAACAAAGCCAACUCAAUAAACCUGGUCCUUAUAAACCUUACCAGUGUGUUCAUAAGGACUGCACUGCAGCUUUUACAAUUCAGCAAAAUUUAUUGCUUCACUAUCGUAGCAUGCAUAGAUCUGAAAUACCAACGUUUCUUCAAGAGAAUGAAGAUGAAACAGAAACAUGCAUUGAAAAAGAGCAAACUAAACCUGCACAGUUAGAAGCUGAGCUUUCUAGACCUGUAAAGAUAGAAAACAAUGAAGGCUUUCAGGAAUACAGGUGCCAGAUAAAGGACUGCUCUAGAAUAUUUCAGGAAGUUACCAGUCUAAUUCAACACUAUAUUAAGCUGCAUGAAAUAGCUGUGCAAGAGAUUGAAAGUAUGUUUAUAAAUACGGAUCUAAAACUGAUGAAAUGUGACCAGCCACACUGUACAAGUUCAUUUAUGGAUUUCUGCAAUUACGUAACCCAUCUUGAACUAGCUCAUGAAUUUCCUGUAAAACGGAACAUAGAAGAGGAAGGUAUCUUUAGAUGUGACUGCGAAGGCUGUGAUAGAGUUUAUGCUACAAGAUCAAAUCUGCUUCGGCAUAUUUAUCUUAAACAUAAUGAGAGACAUGAUUCCCAUCUGAUGAGACCUAGAAAACUUUUGGCAUCUGAUCAGGAAAAUGUAUCAAGAAGAGCAAAUCGUGAAUAUCCUUAUAAACAGGCAACAAGAAUGAAAUUAAAAAUGGGAAAACCAGGCAGCAGGCCCCGUGGUAGACCUAGAUUGAAACUUCCCAUCAUCUCUGAAGGUAGCCCAACUGGGAGAUCUUUUAUUUCACUUAAAUGUGGUCAGUAUACAUUUGAUGUUAAAACUAGAGAAGAUGCUCUAGCAAUGUGUACAGAAAACUUUCUAGUGCAGUUUCCUUGUAUGAUCCUUGGGUGUUCAGCAAUUGCUAAAACAGAACAUAGUAUACUCCGGCAUUACAAAAACCACAAUUUAGACCGAGAAUUGGCUCUAAAACACAGGAGUCUGCUGGUAAUUUGCAAAAGACGUCCAAGCCACCUGAGAAAGCAUCCUUUAACAGAUAAAGGAGAGACCACACAGACGGGAACAGAAGAAACUGCAUCUGAAGACAGUGUGCUAAAUAUUUAUGAGACUCAUAAAGCUGAAAAAUAUAAUGAAAGGUUAGACAGAGAUGUGAUGGAUGAACUUUCAGAACUUUUCAGUACAAAACUGAUAAAUAAUGAUGGACUUGAUUUGUUCUCAAAUCAAGGAGAAAAUAUGCGUUUGUCUGAAAAAGAUAGGCUGAACAGUUCUUUAAAACGAUCAGGUACAGAAAACGAUUUUUUUCUGUGUAAGAGAAAAAAAGUGGAAAGAUUUGGAAGAUCACUGACUGAGAGAAAUAGCACUCAAAGAAGUGAAGAAAGUGCUGCUGCUUUGGGCAAGCAGUGCAAUAACAAAGAGCAGCAGAAAACUUUUGACUUGAGUACUUUUAAGCCUAUGGGUUUUGAAGUUUCUUUCCUGAAGUUUCUUGAAGAAUCUGCUACAAAGCAGAAGAAAAAAACUACCAGCAAAGACCCUCUUAGUGGUACUGUUAAAGAUGUGUAUGUUACUAAAUCACCAGCAGAAAGUACAUCAUCUGGUGAUGAGUGGUCAAGUAGUGUUAGCCAGAGACUUGUGGAGUUUGCCAAUCCUUCACAUUUGCAUUCAGUAGAGAACAUAAAAAUUGUCUUGGAUGAGUCCUUUGCAGAGUGUGAAGAACUUAUGCUACAGCAGCUGCAAAAAAUGAAGCCUGUUGUAGUCCUCAAACAUGCUGAAGUAAACUCGGACAGUUUUUCGGACACUCAGAGUUUAAAGGACAGCACUGUUGAGGAUGUGCAGAAUGUGGUGUAUAGUCCAACUACAUUGUCAGCUGUAUAGGUUUUGGGUAAUAAACUACAUUGGUAUUGAUUGGACCCAUUAAGCAUGCAUUUACUUGUGGAGCUUAUUUUAUUGAUGUAACUUGCCUCAGCAGAAAAAGUCAUGACAUUAGUCAUGUAGUUUUAUUCGUGGUAUCCCUAUGGGACUAUAGAAACAGAAAUAUUGUUUUGUUGUAAAUAGUCAAGUUGGGACCUCAACAAACUUUCUAUAACUAAUUUGUCACUUCCAUGAAUUAAAUCCUUGUGUGUACAAGUAUGUGAUUGGUUAUCUUUUCACCAGUUCGCUGUUCAUGCUUAACAGUACUGUUAUUUGUAGAUACUUUUUUGUACAUAUUUAUUAAUGUAAAUCAUUUGCUGCCACUACAGCAGUCUGCAAGUCUGAACUAUUAAAUGCCACAUUUAUACUGUA